GAGGCGAAACUCGGCAGAAAUCGAAGCAAAUCCAUUUACACACACCGAGUGGCAAAGCAUACUGCGUAGCCUCGAGAACGAUGAGGAAGUGGACGAUCCCUUCCGCCCUGCUUCUCUUACUGCUCCUUUCUCUCCUUCCAGAUCAAGGUCACAAGUUACACGCUAGCGCGGAAGAAAGUGAGGAGCUUGUAGAUCCUCCAAAGGUAGAAGAAAAGAUCGGUGCCGUUCCUAAUGGAUUAUCUACUGAUUCGGAUGUGGCCAAGAGGGAAGCGGAAUCAAUCUCAAAGAGGUCUCUUCGCAGUAACGCAGAGAAGUUUGAAUUCCAGGCUGAGGUUUCUCGCCUCAUGGAUAUUAUCAUUAAUUCCCUCUAUAGCAACAAAGAUAUUUUCUUGAGGGAGUUGAUCUCCAAUGCUUCUGAUGCAUUGGAUAAAAUCAGAUUCCUUUCUCUCACGGAUAAGGAGAUUUUGGGUGAAGGCGAUAAUACAAAGCUUGAAAUCCAGAUUAAACUUGACAAGGAAAAGAAAAUACUUUCUAUUCGUGAUAGAGGUAUAGGAAUGACGAAAGAGGAUUUGAUCAAGAACUUGGGUACUAUUGCUAAAUCUGGAACUUCAGCUUUUAUGGAGAAAAUGCAAACCGGAGGUGAUCUUAAUCUCAUUGGGCAGUUUGGAGUUGGAUUUUACUCUGUUUAUCUUGUUGCUGACUAUGUUGAAGUCAUCAGCAAACACAACGAUGACAAACAGCAUGUAUGGGAGUCAAAGGCUGAUGGAUCAUUCGCAAUUUCUGAAGAUGUGUGGAAUGAGCCACUUGGACGGGGAACUGAGAUCAGAUUGCAUCUUCGGGAGGAAGCUGGGGAAUAUUUGGAGGAAGAUAAGUUAAAAGAGUUGGUGAAGAAAUAUUCUGAAUUCAUUAACUUCCCCAUAUACAUCUGGGCAAGCAAAGAAGUGGAGGUGGAUGCUCCUGCAGACGAAGAUGAAUCUAGUGAUGAAGAGGAAGCAUCUGAAAGCAGCUCUACAGAGGAAGAAGUGGAGGAGGAAGAUGCUGAAAAGAAGCCAAAGACAAAGAAGGUGAAGGAAACGACUUAUGAGUGGGAACUGUUGAAUGAUGUGAAGGCCAUAUGGCUGCGGAGUCCAAAAGAAGUGACAGAGGAAGAAUACACAAAAUUCUACCACUCCCUUGCUAAGGAUUUCGGUGAUGAAAAGCCCUUAGCUUGGAGUCACUUUACUGCAGAAGGUGAUGUAGAGUUCAAGGCAGUUUUGUUCGUUCCUCCCAAGGCUCCUCAUGAUCUGUACGAGAGCUACUAUAACACCAACAAAUCCAACCUGAAAUUGUAUGUCAGGCGUGUCUUCAUCUCAGAUGAGUUUGAUGAACUUCUACCCAAGUAUCUGAACUUCUUAAGGGGUCUUGUUGAUUCCGACACAUUACCGCUCAAUGUUUCGCGAGAAAUGCUUCAGCAGCACAACAGUCUAAAGACGAUAAAAAAGAAACUAAUCCGCAAGGCCCUUGAUAUGAUUCGUAAGAUUGCUGAUGAGGAUCCUGAUGAGUCCAAUGACAAAGACAGUAAAGAUGCUGAGAAGGCCAGCGACAAUGAUGAAAAGAAGGGACAAUAUGCUAGAUUCUGGAAUGAGUUUGGCAAGUCCAUAAAACUUGGUAUAAUUGAGGAUGCAACCAACAGAAACCGUCUGGCUAAGCUUCUCCGAUUUGAAAGUACCAAAUCUGGUGGCAAGUUAGCUUCGCUUGAUCAGUACAUUUCAAGAAUGAAACCAGGGCAGAAGGACAUAUUUUACAUAACAGGGGCUAGCAAAGAGCAACUAGAGAAAUCGCCAUUCCUUGAGAGGCUCACAAAGAAAAACUAUGAGGUUAUUUUCUUCACAGAUCCAGUGGAUGAGUACCUCAUGCAAUAUCUGAUGGACUAUGAAGACAAGAAAUUCCAGAAUGUCUCGAAGGAAGGAUUAAAACUUGGGAAGGACUCUAAGGACAAAGACCUCAAAGAGUCGUUCAAGGAGCUGACUAAAUGGUGGAAGGGUUCUCUCACCAGUGAGAAUGUAGAUGACGUGAAGAUAAGCAACCGUUUGGCUGACACCCCUUGUGUAGUGGUGACAUCUAAGUACGGAUGGAGUGCGAACAUGGAAAGGAUCAUGCAGUCUCAAACUCUAUCGGACGCCAGCAAGCAGGGAUAUAUGCGUGGCAAGAGAGUGCUUGAGAUCAACCCAAGGCAUCCAAUCAUCAAGGAGCUUCGGGAAAGAGUUGUCAAUGACCCGGAGGACGAGAGUGUAAAGCAGACAGCACGGCUAAUGUACCAAACUGCACUCAUGGAGAGUGGAUUCAUGCUUAAUGACCCCAAGGAUUUUGCUUCGCGCAUCUAUGACUCAGUUAAGGCAAGCUUGAAGAUAAGUCCGGAUGCUUCCGUGGAAGAGGAAGAUGAUGCAGAAGAGGCCGAGGCUGAAUCUGACACGAAGGAAGCUGCGGCUACUCCAAAAAGCAACGAAGGAGAAACUUCUAAAGAUGACACCGAUACAGAACCUUCUGCUGUCAAGGACGAGUUGUAGAUCACGAUCACCUGAAGCUGAAGGGGGUGGUGUCUUCUCUCUUCAAUUAGUGUAACCAUAGCAGCAGCUAGCUCGAAUUUUUGUUUUUUUGAAUGUAGUUUUAUCAGAAUCUACAGGAGUAAUCCCCCCGGUGAUUAAUCACGCAAGGCAAAGUUCAGUUUUCAUGAAUUAAAAAAAAGUUAAGUUUUCUAAUCUCGUUUUUAAAAGUCAUAGUUUGGUUUUCUUUCUAAUUUCGUUUGUUCCCUUGUGUUCGACAUAAUGAGCAUUUACUCUUCAACA